AUGACCUAUGCUCAGUUGUUUAAUCAUCUUCGCCAUAUCGACUUGAUUGAAUUGCGAAAUUGGACAGUGCCAGACCCUCUCCUUGCUAGUCAUGAUCCAAAUGCUAGAUGUGUGUUUCACUCUGGAGGUGUUGGGCACGAUAUUGAGAACUGUUGGGUGUUCAAACACAAAGUGCAAGACCUUAUUGAUAAUGAGACUAUUGAGUUUGAUCCUCCUAAUGGACCAAAUGUGGUGCAAAAUCCCAUGCCACCUCAUGGAGGUGCUUCUGUGAGUGCUAUUGAAGUAGAUGAAGAGUUAAAUCUGAUCAUGGAUGCUAGUCUUGCAACUAUCCCGCUGCCUUUUGUCAAAGAAUAUCUUUUAAAGAUGGGGGUCUUUCCUGGUUGUGCUGCUGAUUGUAAAGAUCGUUUAUAUCAGUGUAAUGGUUGUGAUUAUCUGAAGUCUAAAAUUCAGAAUCUAAUUAACGAGGGAUCUCUACAGUUUGACCGUCUGAAAAAGAAAGUUGUAGAGGAAGUUGAUGUUAUCACUAUUCCUGUGCCUACAAAAAAACCCACUGUUCGUACUACUUUACCGGGCCUUGUUCCUUAUAGCAGUGAUAAAGGUGUUCCAUGGAAUUAUGGGGCAGAAGUAUAUUACCAAGGGCAGAAGGUUGAUGCUAAGACUCCUAAUUCCGAUGUUAAUGAUGUUGGUGGAACUGGUCGAAUUACAAGGAGUGGUCAUGUGUUCUCUCCUAUUCAAAGGACUCCCGAGGUAAGUGUUGAGGCUUUGGCUAAGGCCAAAGGGAAGAGAGUUGUAGUUGAAGGAACUAAUGCUGAGCCAGAACUUUCUGUUCCCAAACCUCUUGUGCAGAAUACUCAACCUUCUGGUUCGAAUUCGGGGAUGCCAUCUAAUGAAGAAGUUGAAGAGCUUAUGAGAUACAUCCGAAAAAGUGAUUAUAGAGUGAUUGAUCAGUUAAGUAAGACACCGUCAAAAAUCUCUAUUAUGUCCUUGUUACGAGAUUCGGAAGCUCAUAGAAAUGCCUUGAUAAAGUUGUUGAACACUUCUUUUGUCCCACAAGAGAUAUCAGUAAAUCAGUUUGAACAUGUAGUUGCGAGCAUUACUGCAAGAAAUGGUCUAGGUUUCACUAAUUUUGAUUUGUCUCCCGAGGGGAGAAAGCACAACAAAGCUCUUCAUAUUUCUUUGGAAUGUACAGGUGUGACUUUGUCCCGUGUGCUGGUUGACACGGGUUCGUCUUUGAAUGUACUCCCAAAAGUGGCGCUGAUGAAAUUGAACUAUCAAGGGGUGGAGAUUCGACCCAAUGACUUGAUGGGAGAGCCUUUGAUGGGUCUAGGAGGGCUGUCUUUGCCGGCCUAUUCUUGUUUGUUGGGAUGCCCAUGGAUACAUGAGGCAGGCGCUGUUACUUCCAUGCUGCAUCAGAAGUUAAAAUAUCCUAUUGGUAGCAAGAUCGUCACUAUCUGUGGUGAGGAGGAUUAUGUGAUAAGCCAUCUUAACUCUUUCCGAUAUGUUGAAGUGGAGGGGGAGAUCCACGAGACCCCGUUUCAAGCGUUUGAUGUCGUACAUGCUAUUAAGAUUCCUCAUGUUGAGGAGAAGAAGCUAGAAAUAUCUAUGUCAUCAUUCAAACAAGCCCAAGCUAUUAUGGAAUCUGGACACCCUGAAGGUUGGGGUAGAGUGUUGGAACUGCCAACUCAAAAGGACAAGUGUGGGCUAGGAUUCAAGUUUGAUCAAGAAUGGAUGAACCAGAAGAAGAAUAGUACCCCCGAGACUCAGCAAGCCACUGGCCCUAUCAAGUUUAUCAUUGCUGGGAAGAACAAAGAAGAGGAUAUUUGUGCUGUUGAAGACGAAGUGGACAAUGAUUAUGAUCUAGAGACUUGGAUUCACCCAAUAGUCAUCGGUCAAGAGCUAUCUAAUUGGACUUCUGAAGAACUUGUCAUGGUCACCGGCAUGGAGGAGUAA